GUAAUAAUAAUAAUAAAAAAUCGAACCAUUCCCUUCUUGAGUUUUGUCAUGGCUGAGACAGAGCAGGUCAAGCCCUUAGCCCCGGCAGCAUUCCAGAUCCGCAGUGAUGAAGAAGAAACAAUGCCUGUGCAAUUGAAAACUCGCCGACGAAAUUGCAUCAAGUGCUGUGGCUGCAUCACUGCGAUGUUAUUAAUUGUUGCCGUGACUAUUGUAGUUUUAGUCCUUACAGUUUUUCAUGUUAAGGACCCUGUGAUCAAGAUGAACAGGGUAUUCGUGCAACGCCUUGAGCUUGCUAAUGGGACUCUUCGAACAGAUGUGAACGUGACACUUCUUGCUGACGUCUCCGUGAAAAAUCCUAACGCGGCCUCGUUCAAGUUCGAAAAAGGCACAACGACUAUUUACUAUGGUGGCGCGGUGGUUGGCGAGGCUAAUACUCCGCCAGGGAUGGCCAAGGCGAGGCGGACUCUACAUAUGAAUGUCACAGUGGAUCUAAUUCCUGCCAAAUUACUGGCUGUUCCACGCUCGUUCAGUGACAUACGUUCAGCGGGAGAAUUGAAUAUGACCAGCAGUACAAUAAUUAGUGGAAAGGUGAGGAUACUCCAUACUUUCAAGAAAUAUAUUGUGGUGGGAGUAAAUUGCACUGUGACAUAUAAUCUUGCAAGUCGGGAAAUUCACGGUGGCAACUGCAAACCUCAUCUUAGUAUCUAAGCGGUAGUGGAAAGCAAACUAUAAUGUAGCUUUCACAUUUUGCUGCUCAUUUUUUUCUUGUCGUAGCUUUUCUGCUAUACGUAUAUUGAUGGAUUGCUAAUAUACUCUUCAUAUGUACAAGAUUUUAGCAUUAUAGAUUGAUGUAUGAUAAAUCUCUACACGUGAUUUUUUUUCCCCUUAA